GGAAUAAGUAAAUAUAAGUAGGUUUUUAGUGUGUGUGUCUCUGCUGAAUGACUUCAUUGAGUGUUUUAUUAAUCGAUUGGUCGCCCACAAAACGAGCAAUUAAUCGGUCAGCCUCACUGCUGACAUCACAGCCAUCUUGGCCAAUCAGGUGGCUGAUCUCAGGCGGAUGAGCACCUCCCUUUGAGUCUUUAUGAGCAGGUCACAGAGUCUGAAAAUCUUCAUCUUCGUCAUCAAGCAGGUCAGCGCCUCCUGGACCCGCGAGCCACUCUGAUGGGAUUUGGUGAAGGAGAAAUGUCGGAGCGUCAUCAUCACGAGACCAGCGCCGUGCUCAGAGUGUCCAGUCUGCCGCUGGUCAGCUCGGCGCUGCAGUCCAUGACCUCCGUGUACUCGGAGGUCAAAGGUCGCUACCCUCUGCUGCGACUGAUGGGCGGAGUCGCCGAGGUGGGCGUGCGCAGCGUCUCCCAGGUUGCCAUGACGAGGGCCACGCCCCUCCUCCAGAGUCUGGAGCCGCAGAUUGAAGUCGCCAACAGUUUUGUUCUCUUUGGUCUCGAUCGUCUUGAGGAAAACUUCCCGAUUCUGAAUCAAUCAACAGAGGAGGUGGUGGGCCACCUGAAGGACGCCUUCUUCCUGACGCUGGAUGACGUGCAGCUGCGGGUGGUGGACGGACUGGACGCGGCUCUGGACCAGCUGCAGCGCCUCUCUGCGGCGGCUCGGCGCGCCGUGCGCCUGCUGCAGGACUCCCAGGCGGGCCGGGCCGCUGCGGGGGGGCUGGACGACGUGCUGACCCGCCUGGAGGACGCCAGCGCCUACUACCUGCCCCUCCCCCCCACCCUGCGUCGCCAGUGGGAGAUGAAGGUGCAGGAGUACGAGGAUGAAGAUGAGGAUGAGCCCAGUGUGUGGACCAGGGUCCGGAGCCUCCUGCUGAACCUCAGCCUGCAGCUCUACCACCGCCUGAUGAAGGUCAGGGAGCAGCUGCAGAGCGCCAUGACCAGGCUGGAGGCCGGCGCCGACAAGGUGGGUCUGGGUCGGAUCCUGGAUCUGGCGAGUGAGCUGCUGCAGCAGCUGCAGCGCCUCCUCGUGGCGCUGAUGUACCGAGCGGAGGGUCUCCGGGAGCUGACCCUGAGCGGGGUCAGAGGUCAGGCUGCCAAGUUGACCGAGCUGCUGCCCGUCCAGCGGAUCAGGGAGCUGCCUGCUCAGACCCAGCAGCUGCUGGGAGAUCUGCAGGAACUGGCAAAGCUCCUGGUGCAGCUGGUGAUCAACGCCACGCCGCUCUAUGACCUGCUGCAGCAGCCGUCGACUCAGGAGGUCGAGGACUUCCUGAACCAGGAGGAGGCGGCGGCCGACAGCUCGUCCCGCCGCGGCUCGGCCAGCAGCUUGUUCCUGAAGGCCAUGGACGGGCGCCCGCGCCGCCGCCGCAGCCUCUACUCGCGCACCGCGCGCAGCCCGCAGAGCCCUGAUCCGCCCAACGGCCGCCGCCGCUCCAGCCUGAAGGACCCGACGGGGGGGGAGGACCUCCUUAAGCCGCCCCAGGACGCCGUGGUCCACCGCCGGCCUUCCGCCAGCGAGCUUCUCCUCGCGCCCCUCAAACAGUUCGUGGCCCAGAGCCAGAAGGCCUUCGAGUACCUCAGCCCCAACUCGCUGGAGCACACCAGCGAGGAGGCGGAGCGCCGUGCGGGGGAGGUUGAGUGCUAGGCCGCCCCCCCCCACCGCCAUCAGCUUUCAACGUCUCUCCAUCCUUAAACUUUUAGUUGGAGAUUUUAAAUGAAUAAAAGGAGGAAUAAACUUCACGACAAAGUGUGCGCUUUAUGAAUCAUUAAUAUUAAAUAAUCACUAUUUAAAGCUUUCAGCUUUCCUUCUUCUCCUCCUGCUCCUUGUUCUCCUUCUUCUUGUCUUCCACCUUCUUCUCCUCCUGCUCCUCGUUCUCCUUCUUCUUGUCUUCCACCUUCUUCUCCUCCUGCUCCUCGUUCUCCUUCUUCUUGUCUUCCACCUUCUUCUCCUCCUGCUCCUCGUUCUCCUUCUUCUUGUCUUCCAUCUUCUUCUGCUCUUGCUUUGGGAACUUAGCUUAGCAGACAGAAGCUAACAGAAGAUCUAAUGAAAAAAGACUCAGCAAUCCGACAUGGAUUUUAGGGUCUUUAGUGAAUUCACCUAAACUGAAAUGACUCAGCAUGAGGUCAUCAUGACUCCACUGAAUAGCGUCUGAGCUAAUUCUAAAAAAAUGGCUACGAAAGAGUUUAUUCUAAACUAAUGAACAAACGACAGUGUGUAUUUACAGCUACACACGUAGGUGUGGGGAACAUCUUCUAUUUAGAUCUACAUGCCUCUUUUAGUUGGUCCUCACCUCCUCUGCCUGUUCUUCUCCUCCUUGUUCCUCUUCUUCUUUCUUCCAUCUUCUCCUCCUCCUGAUCUUGCUCCUCUUCCUUCUCCUAAAUCAGAACAGAUCAUUUAGCUGAAGACAGCGUUUCCUGAUUUGAGAUGAUCAAAAUGUUCCUGUCAGAUCGUGUUGUUGAGAUGUGAAGAUUAAACAUUAGAGCUGUGAUUUAUCUGUUAUUGAUUGAGCUUCGUUUAAAUAUUUGAAAUGAAGGUUCCAACAUUAAACAAAUAUAAAUUCUAAUAUAUUCUAAUAUUUAUGAUGUGUUUGUGUUUCCAUAUAAAAGUGUCUCUGUAUCCAAGUGUUUCAAUAAAGCUUUU